CACAGCAUUGCGUCCUGGGGAAACUUACCGAAACCCCUGUUUUCUUCUUCAGCCUUCUAUUUUCCUCGCGAAAGGCACACAACUCUACCGGAGAAUUCACCACAUUAGGGUUUUCUCUCUCUCUCUUCCCUGGUAAGAUCUCCGACCCCAAAUCUUCUCUGUUUCUUUCAUUUUUUUUUUUUUUUCUGUUAGAUGAUGCUUUCUUUGGAAUUCUAGACACACUUAUACUUCCCAACUCACUCGAAAAUUUAACAAACAAAACCCUAACUUCCAAGAAUGGACGACGGCGACGGAGCCGAUCAUUUCCACCGUAACGAGGCCAUCUCGGCCGUCGCCGACGACGGCUUUUUAGCCGAGGAGGACGACGACUACGAGGACCUCUACAACGAUGUGAAUGUCGGCGAGGGGUUUUAUCAGUCUAUGAGAAAGAGCGAGGAAUCAGGGUUUAAAAAUGAGGCCGUGGAGGAGAAGAAGGUUGAGUUGCCGGAGGUUUUGGCUCCGCAACAUCAAGGCGCUCCGAUACCGAGUUCCGGAGGCGGUGAGGGUAGGGGUUCUGGGUUUGGUAAUCAGAAUCUAGGGUUUAGAGGGAACGAGAUGGGUGCGAAAGGGAGUGGUGGGUUGGGAGGGCCUAUUGGCAGUGGAGGUGGGAUGAGGAUUGAAUUAGGGCAAGCGUCGAGUAAAUUGAAUGAGUUUGAGCACCAAAGUGGGAAUAAUGUUGGUCUUGGGGUUCAAGGGAUUGGUGCUCAGCAGCAGCAGCAGCAGCAUCAGCAUCAGCAUCAAUUACAACCGCAACAUCAACUGCAACCACAAUCGCAACUGCAACCUCCACAGCAACAUCAACAGUUACACGGUGGUGCUGUUGCCGUUGGGAAUGUGGGGAAUGAGGGUUUCUUGAGGCAACAACCUGGUGGUGUCGGAGUGGGGAAUGUGAACGGUGUUGGUGGGAACAGUGGUCCAGGAGGAGGAUUCAGUGGAGGUGGUGCAGGUGGGGCAACACUGUAUGUGGGGGAUUUGCACUGGUGGACAACGGAUGCAGAGCUGGAGGCGGAGUUGUGCAAGUAUGGAGCUGUGAAGGAAGUGAAGUUUUUCGAUGAGAAAGCCAGUGGGAAGUCUAAAGGAUAUUGCCAGGUAGACUUCUAUGAUUCUGCUGCUGCCAUGGCCUGCAAGGAUGGGAUGCAUGGGCAUUUGUUUAAUGGGCGGCCAUGUGUUGUUGCUUUUGCAUCACCCUAUAGUGUUAAGAGAAUGGGGGAGGCUCAAGUGAAUAGGAACCAGCAGGUAACCCAAACUGCACAAGCUCAACCAAGGAGGGGGCCUAAUGAUGCUGCUGGGAAUAAAGUUGGUGGGAGUGCCAUAACAACAGGUGGGAAUUAUCAAGGUGGGGAUAAUAACAGCAGAGGUUAUGGGAGAGCUAACUGGGGCCGAGGUAAUUCUCAGGGUAUGGGAGGUAGAGGUCCAGGUGGUCCGAUGAGGAAUAGGGGUGGAAUGAGUGGCAGAGGUAUAAUGGGGAAUGGUGGAAACGGGUUUGGGCAAGGUAUGGGGGCAACCCCUCCUUUGAUGCACCCUCAGUCAAUGAUGGGUCAGGGCUUUGAUCCAGCUUUUGGGGCUCCAAUGGGAAGAAUGGGGAGUUAUGGAGGCUUUCCAGGAGCUCCACAGCCUCCUUUCUCUGGGAUGAUGUCUUCAUUCCCACCGGUUGGGGGUGUUGGGCUGCCUGGAGUAGCUCCUCAUGUGAAUCCUGCAUUUUUUGGACGAGGGAUGCCCAUGGGAAUGAUGCCGACAUCAGGUAUUGACGGGCCUAAUAUGGGAAUGUGGCCGGAUCCUAAUAUGGGGGGUGGAUGGCCUGGUGAGGAUCAUGGUGGUGGCAGAGCUGGGGAGUCUAGUUAUGGUGAGGAAGCUGGUUCUGACCAUCAAUAUGGUGAGGGUAGUCAUGAUAGAGGUGGGUGGCAGAAUGCUAUGAAGGAGAAAGAUAGAGGUUCAGAGAGGGACUGGUCUGGAUCUUCUGAUAGGAGGUAUCGGGAAGAUAGGGAUCAAGGGUUUGACAGAGACAUGCCAAGAGAGAAAGAAGUGGGUCAUGACCGUGAAUGGUCUGAAAGAAGGCAUCGGAAUGAUGUCGAUGUUAAUCGAGAGCGGGACAGAGAGCGUGAUAGGGGCCGAGAACGUUCUCGAGAUCGCGAUCGUGACAGGUACAGGGAAGAUAAAGAAAGAUAUGCUGAUCAUCAUAAAUACAGAGAUCGUGAAACGGUGCACCAGGAUGAAAUAGAAAGGGGGAGGUCUACAAGGACCCAUAGUAAGGCACGCUUAUCUGAAGAUGAUGACCGUCGUUCAAGAUCUAGGGACCGCCGUUCAAGAUCUAGGGAUGUUGAUUAUGGGAAGAGGCGGCGGCUUACUUCUGAGUAGCUUCUUUGUUUUGGUUAGUUCCUUGAGAAACAAAGAAAUGUGAAAAAAACUCUCGGCUUUGCCACGCUUAUUGGACUUUUCUUUGGAUCCUUGUUUCUUCAAUGGCUGCGCUGCUUUCACUUUCUCACUUCUACAUAACAGGAGUGCAAUUUAAUACUGUGUGGUCAAAGAGCUUAGUUGUGAAGUAGAAAGUAGAGUUGCCUUGAAGAUGAAGAGGACCUAACCUUUAACAUUCAAGAGCGCAUAGUGUUUCCCUUUCUCUCCUUGGAUUUAGAAGAUGAACUCCUGCUUUUAGUUUUAGCUUUUACUUUUCCUUUUUAAUGUUUAACUUACUCGAGCACUUAAUGAAAUAGAUGUUGUGUUAUGGCCUGAAAUUUGCUGGAAGAGUCUGAAAUGUAGUAGAUUCUGAAUGUGAUAUUUGAAUGUUGUAAUAGGAACUCAUAUGCCUUUUUUCUAAUUGGCUAGUUGUAUCAUCUUUCCCCAUCUUUUUUGUUGGGGAUAUAUCACCAUGCUGAUUGUUUGAGAUA